GUGAGUUGAUCGACAAACACGUAGGUGGCAGACGAGUGUCACAGCCGUGUCCAAUGCAAGAGAGAGCUGGGCUCUUCAAUCGACCGACACAUAUACAGAACAACACAGCAACACACAUCGCGUCAGCUGACUCUCACAACCACUCCACGCUACUUGCCUUCCUUGCCCCCUUCCCUCCCCUUGUCGGCGGUGCUCUGGUCGCCCUCUUGCUGAUGGCCAGCCUUGUUGGCCUCCAGCAUGUCCUUGAGGUCCUUCUCAAACUUGCCCGUGAUGGCGGGAUACUUAGCCUGCCCCCUCUUGUCGCGCUGCACGUAGAGGUGGUGGAAGGCCAGCCGCAGACCCACUCCCUCCACCUGGCCCACGAAAUGAGGCGGCACGUCAGGCUGGUCGCUGUACAGAAUAACCGUCCGCCCGGGCUUCGGGAAGGCGAUGCACGUCACUGCAACCAAGACAGCAAGGCCUGUGUGUGUGGGUCCGCCCGUGUGUGUGUGUGAGGUCACAUGUGCGUACCGAUGAGCACGGAUCCGCUCUUCAUCCUGAAGGGGCGUAUGUGUGAGAUGAAGUCGUUGACCUCCCGCAGGCCGGCGUCGUAGACAUAGUCGUAGGUCUCCUCCAGAGGCAGCGCAUUCCUGAGGGCCCUGGCGAACCCGUCACGAAUGUGGCGCGGGUCCUUCUCGCUCACAAAGACAAAGCGAAAGGUCUUGUCCACCGAGUCAUCAAACAGAAGACCGGGCUCGGUCUGACCAGUCUGCAUGACGCAACACAUGACACACACAGAAACACAUUCCAGAAGCUCUCGGUGAUCUAUCCGGCUUACGUCCAUAUACGAGUUGAGCAGUCCCUGGUCCAGGUACAGCCCCAGUGAGUAGGCCCUGGCAGGCGGGAACCAGCAUGCAUUCUGCAUACACCUGGGCGCCGAGGAUAUGUACUGGUGCAGGUGGGGCAUCGCCCAAGGGCCAGUCAGCACCGGCAGCUGCACAGGGAACUCCACUCCAAGCACCUCCUCACGCUUGGUCGUGGACUGGGGCAGGUUGAUCACGGGCGGGGCGUCGCUCGGACGGCUGCUGGCCUCGCAGUGGCUCACGCGGCGGCAUGAUGGGGCAGGGGAGCGCGAGAGAGAUGGUGAUGAGGUGUGGAGGAGGGUCAGGGCAGAUGCAGCGCCAACUGCAACUGAUACGGCUCCCUUCGAUGCUGCUGACAUGAGAAAAGGACGAUAAACCGGCGUGUGGAGCCAGAGAUUGGG